AUGAGCUGGCAGAGAUUGCCCGAGGACAUUCAGCACGAGAUUCUCUGUUACUUGGACCCGCCACAACUGGUGGAAGCGCGGGAGAUUGACCGCAAUACUCAGUCGCUGAUCGACUCCUCAAAGCGAACACAGCUGAUUAUUGAGCUCUGGAGGUCAGGUUUUUCACUGGCAGGCGACAUAAAUCGUCUUUCCCCGGUGGCAGACGUCUUGAAAAGACAUCUGGCAUGGCGAGAAAAUGUCAUACGUCUUCCAGAUCCGAAGCGUAUCGACUUUCCAUCUAGUCCGGACGCAGUCGAAAGGCUGUUCGUCUUCGACGAUUGCAUCUUCGUGAAAGCUUUGGACGAAUUAUAUUCGCUCUCCAUUCGCAAGCUCGCUAAAUCGGGCUCCGCAGAAUGGAAGUUGAUAAAAGUGGACGGGUUUACCAUCAAUGAUGUUAUUUUCGCCCACCUUGCGACAAAUGUCCUCGUGGUAGGAAUGACCCUGGACAAUUCCAUGAACCAAGAACUCCUCUUUCUUAGUUUGGAUACACUCUCCCAAAUCCCAGGCACUCCACGACUUUCGAUGGAGAAAAUUUACAACAUUGGAGUUUCCGGGUCGACGCUUAUCUUUGUCGACGAUACUGAAGGCUACAUGCUACGAGCUAUGAACUGGCAGAAAGGGGAUAUCAUCAAGGAGAUGGACCUGGGGAAUAUGUACCAAGCGUCUUAUUGUCCGGCCUUACUGGCCGGGCACUACUUACUGUUGUCAUUUGUUGAACGGUCAGAGAUGAUCAUCUCAGUGACCAAUCUGUACAACCCCGAGACUUCUGUCUCCUUCCAUCUUCCGCGCCUUGGUCGGUUCUUUUCAGUGUCGAGCUUCUCUUGGUUGACGCAGGAUAAUCAAUUCGGGGCUGGCAUCCUCUCCUCGACUGAAAUUCACGAUAUCUGCGUCCUCAUUAUCUCUCUGGAGCCAAAAUUGAAGGGCAUAGCCAGUCAAGAGAUUACACUUGUGCUCAAGUACAACAAGCUCUUCCACUUUGCUGCUGAAACGGGCAAAAGCCACCUCAGCUGGUCUGAAUGGGGGCCAACGUGCGCGCGUUUUCUUCCAGCAUAUCAAGAAGCAGCCCUGGAAGGUGCCCUCUUCUGCUCACGAGUUCACCUUUACUUAUCAGACCGUAUUGUCUCACCGCCCACUACUCGUCGAGGGCACAGGACUAAGUCCCCUCGACGGGUUGCGACGCUCGAAUUUAAUCCGAGCAUGACUUCCCGCUGUUCUGGGAGAUCAUUUCAUGUGAUAAAAGGGAAACUCUAUGACCGACUGUUCUCAGAGGUCUUCCUGUUUCCGGAAGAAGCCUUGGAGGGAGUGCCAUUCACCGUACUCGACCAACCCCUGGGAGUAUUACCUGAGCAGCCCACGGCAGAUAUUCUUCUUGCAUGUUCAUCCAUUGUCGUAGACAAAAUUUGUCGCAGCAUUCGCUCGUUAGUCGACGCCUCGAAGCGAGCGCAACUAGUCAUAGAGCUCGCAAGGUCGGGCUACUUGCUGGCGUGCGACGUCAAUAGCCUGUCCUCUGUGCCGGAUAUGCUAGUAAAGCAUUGGGCAUGGCGAAGAAACCUCAUAGACCUCCCGAAACCUGUGGCUAUCAGUCUGCCAUUGGACAUGGACGUGGUUAGAAGGUUUUUCGUCUUUGACGAUCAUAUCUUUAUUACAACUACCGAGGGGGUCUACUCGCUCUCCAUUUCCGACUUUGCUCAAACAGCUACCGCGGACUGGAAGGUAGUGGAAUCGGUUGGAUUUACUAUCAAGUUUAUUAUCUUCGUGGAUACAAGUGCCAAUGUCCUCGUGGUAGGAGCGACCGAGUAUGAUUCUACAAACCCAGAACUACUCUUUCUUACCCUGGAUACUCUCCUCCCGAUUCCAGGCGCUCUCAAGCUUUCUAUGACGAAUACUUGGAAUCACAAGGUAUCUGAUAACGGUGAAACUCCGAUACCCAUAUUGCGUGUUAUGAACUGGCAGACGGGAAACAUUAUCAAGGAGAUGAACAUAGAAGUCGACGAAUCCUCCCCCUGCCCCACGUUAUUGGCUGAGAAAUACUUGCUACUGGCAUCUAUCGAGGAUUCAAAGAUAACUAUAACAGUGAUAGACUUGCACAAACCUCAUCACCCUAUCCACUUCCACCUUCCUCGCCCGAUUGUCGCGUCAGGUCUAACUUGGCUGAUACAAAACGAACAAGUGACCACUGGAAUUUUAUCAUCAACUGGAGAACACGAUAUAUGCGCCCUCAACAUUUGUCUCGGGCGAACAGUACAGAGAAACGCCGCGCAGGUUAUCAUCAAAUAUAAUACCUUCCUUCGUCUCGCCUCGGGGACGGACAAGAGCCGGUUUGACUGGUCCGAAUGGGGCCCAACUUGCGCACGUAUACUACCAGCAUGCCAUAGAGGACCCUUGAACGAUGCCAUCAGUGGCUCUAGGAUCCUCGUUUCGCUGCCCGAGCAAAUACUGUCGCCGUAUCCUGCUCGAGCGGAGAAGAGGCGCGGGUUCUCCCGAAUGGUAAUGCUCGACUUUAAUCCAAAUAUGGCUCCAGCCGCCCACGGGAGGUUACUUCGUGUAGUAAAGGGAAAGCUCGAGGACCGUUUUUUCGCGAACACCUUUUCUUCGGACGAAACUUCUGAUGGAGUAUCGUUUAUCAUACACGAUCAAUCUGUUCGAGUUCUACGUAAGGGUCCUACGGCCAAUCUUUAUCUUACAGCUAGCUCCGUCAUACUAGAUCAUGUGAGUGCCAAAUUUCUCCUCUAUUCAAAGAUGCCAACAUCCAGAAGGUUGACAGCAUAA